ACCCUGGCUGGAUCAGUUAAAGGUAAUUAAUAAUUAAUUCAACAUUUACUUAAUUGGUAGUAUGUGCAUUAGGUUAAUAUAACAAAAUCCCAAGUUAAAGAUGGACCACGUCAUCCUCGGAUUCAAACAAACGGCGGAGGAAGUCCUUCAGGAAAAAUUGCCGGCCUUGUUCGAAGUAGAAUUUGCUAAACGAUUCGAAACCGCUUUCCACGACCGGAUAACACUUGUCGAAACUUUGCUGUAUUUGCUGACGACCCAUUUAAGCACCUUGGACGGGAAGGUGGUGCAGCUGGAGAAGAAAUUUUGCGACUUAUCUGAAAAGCAGGGUGUCGGAGGGAUGAAGAUUACGACCAGCCUGGCGAAAGACUUGGAGGCGAUGAAGGAAUUGAUGGCGAAUAUGGAGAGGUUGCAAACAUCGGGUCAAAAUCACGAUAAAAGAUGUGACCACCGUUUUCGAAGCUUUCAAAAGAAAUUCGCCACAAUGACGACGGCCUUGUUGACGACGUGUAAUGAGUCGUUUGGUGAUGAAGGACCGGAGACCUACCUAAUAGAGGACGAGGUGGACGAAUCGCGACAAAAUGAGGUCGAAUCUCCCCCCGGGCAAGGUCGACGUACGCCCCGACCAAUUUCACAGGUUGAUGGAGGACACAACGGGGGGCUGAAUUGGUGCAAAAUGAGGCCGAAUCUCCUAGUCGAGCAUCGGAAAUAUGUUACAAUCACGGCGAAGACGAAUUAAUGCAAGAUGACCUCGAAACACGUAGCGCUUGAAUAGUUCCAGAACUUGAUUUUAUUGAAAAUAUGGACGAAGUGCAAAUCGACCUGCCAAGAAGUCACGACAGUCAUAUUUCAGCCGACCCACUCGACCUCUCAGGACAAGAUACGGACCAAAACAGUCACAAUGAAGUCCUGGGCGAGGAAUCAUUCAGCCUCUUCCCCACCAUCCUUUCUGAAACCUCUCCGGCGUCAAAUGUCUCCCCCACAAUUAGGGAAAGGUCAGCCCGACCCAAAAGGAGUGACCGUGCGGAAACCGGGACGAAAAAUACGGCACAAUUGGCCGUUGAUAUGGAGGAUGACGAACUUUCUGAAUCUGACACGGCCAACAACGACCCGGAUUUUGACACAAAUCUAUUCACACUGAAAAACAUCACUUCUAAGUCAAAAUCCUCCUGCCUAUCCCGACAAACUAAUUUGGACGGUAAAUCGUCGCCUAUUUCUCGAACAAAAAAGGAUAAUUGCGUCAUGAGGAAAACUGUCGGCCGUAAAAAUACCAAAAAGACGUCCUCACAAUCUUGGAAAUAUCGUUGUUCCAUUUGUAACAAGCUGUUUUCCACUAAUAGUGUAUUAAUUAUGUAUGUUCAGCUCUACUCCUUCAACAUGUACAUAAAUCGUGUUUUAAAAUAA